AGUGGUAUUUUCCGAGCAGUUCAUGAAUGCAGCAUCAGGCUCCUGGAUCCUGGGUGUGUGCAGCCAGUUGAGCUCAGAGACUGAGGGAGAAGAAAUACACCAGGAACAUCUCACCGUGAGUCCAGCUGUGCCUUUCAUCUGUCACCCUGUUUGAAGAAAACUUCUUCCUCCACCUGGGCGGACCGAGAAUGGGAAACUACCCGAGCUAGUUUCUGAAGAGGACAAAAAUUCAGGAGGGAACUGUGCUAAAAAACUACCAGGUCGAGCCUCCAGACACUUCAUUUACGUCCAGAGAAGGAACAGGAGCACAGCAGAGAUGCAGACCUUCCUGAAAGGCCGGAGAGUCGGCUACUGGCUCAGCGAGAAGAAGAUGAAGAAGCUCAAUUUUCAGGCGUUUGCUGAUUUGUGCAGGAAAAGAGGGAUAGAAGUUGUUCAGUUGGACCUCAGCCAGCCUCUGGAAGAGCAGGGUCCGCUGGACGUCAUCAUCCACAAACUGACUGACCUCAUCCUGGAAGCUGACCAGAACGACUCCCAGGCUGUGCUGCUGGUGCAAAGAGUACAGGACUACAUCGAUGCCCACCCUGAGACCAUCGUCCUGGACCCCCUUCCAGCCAUCCGAACUCUGCUGGACCGCUGCAAAUCCUACCAGCUCAUCCACAGGAUAGAGAGCUGUAUGCAAGAUGAGAGGAUUUGCUCUCCUCCAUUCAUGGUCCUGAACACAGAGUGCAGCCCAGAUGUGCUGGAGCAGAUCAAGAAGCACGGACUCACAUUCCCCUUCAUUUGUAAAACACGGGUGGCUCAUGGAACCAACUCCCACGAGAUGGCCAUUAUCUUCAGUGAAGAGGACCUGAAGGACGUGAAGCCUCCUUGUGUGAUCCAGAGCUUCAUCAACCACAACGCAGUGCUGUACAAGGUGUUUGUGGUAGGAGAUUCCUACACUGUAGUGGAGAGACCUUCCCUCAAGAACUUCCCUGCUGGACCGGCAGACAGGAAAGCCAUUUUCUUCAACAGCCACAACGUUUCCAAACCGGAGUCGUCCUCAGACUUGACUUCGAGAGAGAAUGUAGAGGGAGUGUCUCAGCCACCCAGCGAUGAUGUCAUGAGAGAGUUGUCCAGGUCUUUGCGACAAGCGCUGGGUGUGUCCCUGUUUGGCAUCGACGUCAUCAUCAACAACCUAACAGGCCAACACGCCGUCAUUGACAUCAAUGCAUUCCCUGGUUACGAGGGCGUCCCGGAGUUCUUCAACGACCUCCUGAACCACAUCAGCAGCGUGCUUCAGAGCCACAGCCCUGACAUCGGCCCCGCCAGCGAGCAGCCCAAAGGCCUGCCGGUGAGCAACACGGUACCCAGCCCCGCCCCGCCGGCCCCCGGCUGCUGCAGCAUGCUGGGCAAAGAGGCCAGCGGCAGCCCCUGGAUCGUAGAGGGCGACGGAGGGCUGAAGGGCCCACGUCAGAGACUUGGCUGCAACUCGGCCAUGUCCCCCAACUUCCAGCAGCACUGUGUCUCCACGAUAGCUACCAAGGCUUCCUCCCAGUGACUGAUCCCCAGCCCCCCACUCCGUUUGAUCCCUGAACAAAAAAAGAAAACGGAUGACAAUGGUGACAAUAAUAAUGAAUAAUAAUCAUAAUAAUUAUGAUGUUAAUGAUGAUAAUAUAUCUAAUCAGAAACAAACCUUUUCCUAUAUAGUUAUUGAAAAUGAUGGUGAUUGGGUGUAAGCUUUUUCUCUCUGCCUUUUUGUAUUUUUCGUUUUGUCUAAUGAGACUUAACAGUACUGUAAUGUGAACUUUUAGGAACUUUGCCUAAUAGCUGAUUUUAUUUUUCUCUCUUGUGUGAGUUUGCUGUAAUGAAAGGGGUCCAGAUGAGGUAGUUAACAGGGAACGGCCGAAUCAGGACUGGAGAAAGAUGUGCCACUAGAUGUGCAAUGUAUGAUCCCUUAUAUCUCGCACACACACACGCACACACACACACAUGUACACACAAACAGGUGCGUUUACGUCGCGACAGACCUUGCCAGUGAUGUGUGCGUUUGCAUUCUGGUCAAUAACCACUGACUCCUCUGCACAAAGUGAAGGGGAGGAAGAGGAGGUGGCCGGCCAGGCGUUUGAACACUACUCCACAGAUCCCGGGCUGCUAUGUGACUGUGGCCAACCGACUGCAGAGGACACGAUGAGUCUGAACACAAACGACAAGAUAGUUUUGAGUAUUGUUAGUUUGAACAAGCCGUUUACUUUUCCGAGUGCCAUCAAAUUUACUUCAAGCGUAGGACAGACGGUGAAAAAAAAAAAAAAAAAAAAAAAAAAAAAGUGAAUCUU